AUGGCCAACUCCAAGGUGAAGAAAUCUGCCACCAAAGCAGAAAAAAUGAGCUUCUUCGGACAGAAAACACAGUCUGCAAAUGAGACCGCAAGGGCGUCUAUACAAGAUGGCGCGGACGACUCAGACACCACAAUGCUGCAAACAACAUCAGAAACACUCCAGCCUGCAGAAUACCUCACAAGAGGAUAUUUUGAACAAUCCAUGUAGGGUAUGGCAGCGAAGCUAAUAAGUACCUGGCAAACGACAGCGGAACAGAUCAAGAAGGAGGUGAGGGACCUCUCUACUAGGACCACCUCAGUGGAGCAGCAAUAUGAAGAACUGACAUCCACGCAAGGGUACAUGUCUAGGCAACUACAUGCCCUGCAACAUCAAAUGGAACACAUGGAAGCCCGAGUGGCAGACCAAGAAGACAGGGCUCGGCGAAACAAUUUGAGGCUACGGGGAGUCCCGGAGACCGUUCUUCCAUAA